UGCAACCGCACCCUUAAACCACCUUGUACAGAUGUACUUCCACAGAGUUAUGAUGUGGCAAGGACAACUUGAUACUCGUGUGGUUGUACGUGUCGUAAAUGGUCAGCCUCGGGAAUUUUUGGUAAUCGAUGACACGCUAUACGAUGCCAUUCCUCAGGGUAAUGAGUGUGGCGAGUUUCAUAGAGAGCCAGAACAUGUUCGCAACAAACGACCGCAGGGUGUUCAAAAACGCAAGCGUUCAAAACAGUCGCACAAACAGUCAGGACGUUCACGUCAGCAUCCCUCAAAGUCAGGAAUCACAGGUCAACGAGACGCAUCAUAUCCAGCUAAACGCACAUACAGUGAAAGUGUCGCCACAGACCCCAAAGACCAUCUGCAAAACCAAGAUAUGUUUACACAGACUCAGCUAAUGGCAGGGGAAUAUGAAAGCAUGCAAGAGAUGCAACACGAAGAGCAUAAUGCCACAUCAGUUACCACUCAGGCUAAUGUUGCCACUGUCACAAAGGAAAUGGAUAAUUUGGAUUUGGAUGGUCAGAAUACUGAUGAAAAUGUCGUUCAAGAUGACGAAUACGUAUUUUUUGAUGGCUGGAUAGUAAAUUUUUAAUUUUGAUAUUGUUGCUUCGCGCAUUCCAGUUAACGAAUU